CAUCUCCAGUUGCCUUUGAGCCCGCGGAUUGAUGAAAUCGCCUCGACCGUUUGUUACCGAUUGCGAUUUGUUGUCAAUAUUAGAUAAUUUUUGUUAACCCCAAAACGCACACCAUUCUGCAACGCUGCACCGCACGACAGGACAGGAGCGCCCGGGGCGCGACCGACACAACAGCAAACCGAAGCCAGAAACCAAGGGAAGAACAGAGAGUGAGAAGAGAUUAUCACACACAAAAAAAGCGCACGAAAACAGGCUUCACACACAAAACGCGAAACGCUGGCUGGCUAGUUGCGGAACGGUAGUGUGACGUUUUGGUCCAGUCGCGGUCCUGGUGCUGGUUUUGGGCUGCAUUCGAGUGAUAAGCAAAACAGAGGGCCCUCCUGGUGAACCUGACUGGGUGCCACGGUAGUGCUCGUUGCUCGGUCGUUUCGGGUUGCUCCGUGUGGCCACGCGACUCGUCAGCGGGAAAAGAGUAGACGAGGCUGCCCGUAACGGAAAACGCCCUCGACAACCGAAAACCCGUGCAAGCGCGUUGCAAGCGAAACAGCGAUCCCUUCCUCGCAGGUUCCACCCAGCAGCACGGCCAACUCGGGCACGGUCCACGCGGGAGGUAUCUGUCGUGGUCCAGCGACCGAGCUGUUUUUUUCCCCUCUGACCCGUGCAAGGAACACGCCAGACGUUCCCGGUUUGACGCAUGUGGGAUGUUCAGCGAUUGAUAGCGUAAAGUAAGCAGUGUCAGUAGCAGCAGCAGCAGUAGGAGCAGCAGCAGUAGCAGUUAGUAGUAACCACAAACAACCAAUGCACAAGUAGAGCGUUUGCUUGCACCGUAGCAUCUGGUAGCAGACACGCGUAAGCAGCAGCAGCAGCAGCAUCCUCGUGUAGCAGCACCGUGGAACAUUCCUUGAUGGUAGUCAAUUCGUGAUCGUGAAUCAAGGCGUCCCCGAGCGACCGUCAUAAAGUAGAAGAUAUCCCGGCCAAAGCUAAUGUUUUAAUCGUCCACUCAGCGUGCAGCUGUACAACACAGCACAGAACAGUAGAUAAGCAAAGCAAAAUCAAACACACCGUUUGGCAUGGCUAAAGAGCGGCAACAUAGCGUAAUCGGGCUCUCUUCGCGGUGAGACAUAACGGUGCCCCGCGCUCAUGUGCAGCAGCGACAAUGCAGUGUAUGGAACAGGUGACAGCUCUGGUCAGUGUUUUAGUGCAACCGCUGGUAGUGUCCGCACGGGAUAGCAUCGAUACAAAGCGAAACUAGCCACAGCAAGCCUGUGCCUGCGGUAUGCUACAGCUGUUGGAAAGUAGCGUCAAGGGCUCAAAACAUAAGACAAAAUAAGAAGAACGCCUCUCCUGCGUAAUCAUAACGGAAAUAAAACGCACGUAAUACCACAGUUUCCUACUCACAUACAUAUAGGAAUUGAAGGCAGUAUCUCUCUGUGUGUGUGUGUGUUCAUAGAAAGGGCGACAAUGUAAUUGCAACCCUCGCAUGGUUAGAAUUGAUCACACGAAAAUGGAACUAGCGUAACACUCGAACGUCUGUAAAAAUGUUAUCCUAGUAGAAUUUAAAACAUAACCUUUACAACAAAACAGCUAAACCAAACGAAUAAUGAUAUACUCUCGCCAUGCGAAUUGAAUAUCUAAGUGUCAACGUGUUCUUAACAGUGCAAAACAAUUCAAAACAAAAGUAGAGCAAUCUCCCAUUCUCCCUUCGUGCUCACUUUCGCUCACUCUAUCGCUCUAUCGAAUAGAGUAGUUGUUCGGCGAUCUGUAAGUGCGUGUGUGCCCCAUGUGUCAUCAUCAUCAUCAUCAUCAUCAUCGGUGUACUAUUAACGCGAGUGUGUGUCGUACGUGUGCGUGUGUGUUUGUCGUGUGAAUUCUUUCUAAUUGAAAUUUUUAAAAGAAAAGUUAAAUAAAGCCAAUCCUUCCCUCGCAAGUGUGGUGGCCUGGAUGGAUCACGCAAGGAUUAAGGGCAAACGUCAACUACCCACAACGGCGGUGGCGGUGAAAGGUGCUUGAAGCAAACUAACUAAGCAAGCCAGUGCCAUUGCCAUUUUACGAUUGCUGCUGUCAAUACAUGUUAUUGUCACCAUAGUUACCGACGAGAGCAGUGUGGUUCGUACCGUCGGUUCUGCCGUGGCCAAGAGUGUAUCGCAGUCGGAGUGACGGGGUCGGAUAUACCGACACGUUGUUGUGAGUUGCAGUGUAUGUGCAUGUGUGUGUGUGGGUGUACGUGCGUGUGUGUUUGACCGUAUCGGCAAAGGGAUAUAGGGCUUGGCUAGAGAUUACACAACAGAGUAUCCCAGCACGCUCGCGCCGCAUCCCAGGUACGACCGAGUGUGUGGUUUGACGUGUGUUUUGGGUUGCCGCUUCAGCGACUCACCGACUCAGUUGGCGCUAGGGCAGCGUUUGCGCGACGGCUCUGAGGACGGCGCCAUUCAACGAAGGUGCCAAAGGUGCCGCCUUCCUUCAGAAGGAGGCUCCGCAUAGGCGCUAGGCUGCCAGCUGC